AGAAAGUAGGUCAUAUACCGCUGCUGUUUACUGCCGUCGAUGUCAGGCUGUGUUUAAAUGUUUCUUACCUUUUCCCACGCCAGAGAGACUGGGAGUGAGUGGAGUGAGAUGCUUUGAGACUAACGGCCUGUAUGAACAUUUGUGAUGAUCUAAUGGCAGACCAAAGAAUGGACAUUUCUUCAACAAUGAAUGAGUUCAUGUCCCCUGGUUCUACCGAACUGAUCAGCAGCUCCAUCAGCACCCCUGGGAUCGACUAUACCCGCAAGAGGAAGGGAAGCUCCACAGACUACCAAAUUGAUGGAUUUUCUUUUGAAUCGCAAGCAACAGGGUUGAGAUUCCUCAUCCCCAAGUUAGGCUGUCACUCAGAGGUGAAGCCAUUCUUAAAUCCCAGUGAUGUGUGGAAAUCGGUCUCAGGGUGUGAAAAUGGCAGGGACAGCAUGGACACAGACAAAGAUAAACAACUUGGAAGGGAGUGUGCGGAACAGGGGCGGAUAAAGAAUGCCAGGGAGGCUCACAGUCAGAUCGAGAAGAGACGGCGUGACAAGAUGAACAGCUUCAUCGACGAGCUGGCGUCAUUAGUGCCUACCUGCAAUGCCAUGUCCCGCAAGCUAGACAAGCUCACGGUGCUACGAAUGGCUGUCCAACACAUGAAGACAUUACGAGGUGCUGCUAACCCAUAUACUGAGGCAAACUAUAAACCAGCGUUUCUAUCAGACGAUGAACUGAAGCACUUAAUAUUAAGAGCUGCCGAUGGCUUUCUCUUCGUCGUCGGCUGCGAUCGUGGCAAAAUCCUCUUCGUAUCGGAAUCAGUUUACAAAAUCCUUAACUACAGCCAAAAUGACUUGAUUGGCCAGAGUCUAUUUGACUACCUGCAUCCGAAAGACAUUGCCAAAGUCAAAGAGCAGCUGUCCUCUUCAGACACAGCACCACGAGAACGACUCAUUGAUGCCAAAACUGGCCUCCCGGUGAAGACGGACAUCACCCCCGGCCCGUCCAGACUGUGCUCAGGAGCUCGACGCUCCUUCUUCUGCAGGAUGAAGUGCAACAGGCCCUCUGUGAAGAUGGAAGACAAGGAGUUCCCUUCAACCUGCUCCAAAAAGAAAGCCGACCGCAAGAGCUUCUGCACGAUUCAUAGCACUGGCUACUUAAAGAGCUGGCCGCCCACCAAGAUGGGUCUGGAGGAGGACAAUGAGCCGGACAAUGAAGGCUGCAACCUUAGUUGCCUCGUGGCUAUUGGCCGUCUGCACCCCCACAUCGUACCCCAGCCCAUGAACGGGGACAUCCGCGUCAAGCCCACCGAGUACGUCUCGCGCCAUGCCAUCGACGGCAAGUUUGUCUUCGUGGACCAGAGGGCCACAGCGAUUCUUGCCUAUUUACCCCAAGAGCUCCUGGGCACAUCUUUCUAUGAGUAUUUCCAUCAAGAUGACAUCGGGCACCUUGCAGAAUGCCACAAACAAGUGCUGCAGAUGAGAGAAAAGAUCAACACCAAUUGUUACAAGUUUAAGAUAAAAGACGGCUCUUUCAUCACCCUGAGGAGCCGCUGGUUCAGCUUCAUGAACCCCUGGACCAAAGAGGUGGAAUACAUUGUCUCCACAAACACUGUUGUCUCGGGCAGUACACUUGAUGGUGCAGACCCCAGCUAUCCUCAGCUCACCGCCUCACCCCAGAGCAUGGACAGUGUGCUGACCGCUGGAGACGGUGCAGGAAAGCGGGCACUCCAGACUGUGCCAGGUAUCCCAGGGGGCACGCGGGCAGGGGCAGGCAAGAUCGGCCGCAUGAUUGCUGAGGAAGUGAUGGAAAUCCAGAGGAUUCGAGGCUCAUCACCCUCCAGCUGUGGCUCCAGCCCGCUCAACAUCACCAGCACCCCUCCUCCGGACACCUGUUCCCCAGGAGGCAAGAAGAUUCAGAAUGGUGGAACUCCAGACAUUCCUUCAGCGGGUAUGCUGCCAGGACCGGACUCCAUAGGCUACCCCUACUCCAAUAACUCUAUAAUGAGUGAUAACUCCCAUAUCGGCAUCGACAUCAUGGAUGAUCCGGGCUCCAGCAGCCCCAGCAAUGAUGAGGCAGCCAUGGCUGUCAUCAUGAGCCUGCUGGAGGCCGACGCUGGGCUGGGCGGUCCAGUGGACUUCAGUGAUCUGCCUUGGCCCUUGUGAGAGCCCACUAGGCCCACCCGGGACCAUUUGACAGGGCUCGAAGAAAGAGGGCUGGGGGCAGGGUGGACAGGAGGCAUACAUCUGAGAUCCAUAUCAGCAAGGGCCCGAACCAAACCUAAUGCGGAUUUACAAAACCACUGCAACGCAAGGCUGCAAGGAGCCAUGCAAAGGAUGCUGGGAUCAAUCGGCAUGUACAGCCCUCUCACCGAAGUCGCCACAGUGUAACUGUUUCCAUCACCUAUCCAUAGUAAAAAUGUUCCAGUUCUCCAGCUUUUCUAUGUCCAUCCACAUGCACUGGCAUCAUCCCCAUCUUUUUCAAAUGCCAUUUCAGUUUUAGUGUUAUGGUGUUUUUACACUACAAAAAGGUUUCCAUGUUAAAUAUUUCCUAUGAGAAUUGUAUCAUAAACCUGUUUAUUCUAUCAUGUAAGAAUUCUUUUCUCUAAAUAUAUGGUAGAAGUGUAUUGUA